AUGGCUCCCAGGGGCAUGUCGCUGCUCCAUAUGCGGGCAUUCUCCUCGGCCGCCGAAAGCACGAGCACCGAGGUGGUGGCCACGUCCACCGGGUUUGCGAAUUACGACACCGAGUGCGCCGGGGCGCGGCUCUGCCGGGCCAUCGAGGCCGGGGAGGAGCCCCUGCCGCAGGGGUACUACGAGCCGGGGGUGGUGGUACCCCGUCCCGACGGGCGGCCGGUGCGGCAACUUACCCGGCCGGGGGGUUUGGACCGGCUGACGCUGGGGGAGUACACGCGGCGCUUCCUGCCGGCCACUUCGCCGGUGCACCAGGCCCCCCCGGGUGAAGGGUCGCCGGGGGGCGAGGAGAGCCAUGCGCUGGUCCGGCUAUCGGCGCAUCGUCAGCUCGCAUACUUCGACCCUCGGGCGCAUGGGUCCGGUCCGGGGACGCAUGUGCAGCUGUUGGCGCCGGGGCUGAGUCGGAACCUGGAAGCCGAGGCCCGAG